AUGCAAUUGCUCAGUUGUUCAGGUGAUUCUUGGAUUCAGAGUUGCAAGUGCCAACAAGCUGGAAGUAUAAGUGGGGCAACUACAGAAGAUGAGAAUGGGACAUGGUUUGUGGAUAGUGCAAAGAAAUUGAACACAAUCAACAAUAUGGUGAAUGCACCGAAUGCUUUGGAAUUUCAAGAUGUUCAGCAGUUGAAACAGGAAAAGGAGGGCUUGUCACCUAAUGGAACAAAUGGAACAGUUAGAGAUGCCUUCCACAAGAUUAGUGUUGAUUCGCUCGAGGAUGAAGCGUGGGAUCUACUGCGUGAAUCUAUGGUUUAUUAUUGCGGAAGUCCUGUUGGAACCAUUGCUGCAAAGGAUCCUACCAGUUCCAAUGUGUUAAAUUAUGAUCAAGUCUUUAUUCGUGAUUUCAUACCUUCUGGCAUAGCUUUCCUCUUGAAGGGGGAGUAUGAUAUUGUUCGGAACUUUAUACUUCAUACUCUUCAGUUGCAGAGCUGGGAGAAAACAAUGGAUUGUCAUAGUCCUGGUCAGGGUUUGAUGCCUGCUAGUUUUAAAGUGCGUACUGUUCCUUUGGAUGGUGAUGAAUCUGCAACAGAAGAGGUACUGGAUCCAGACUUUGGAGAGGCAGCAAUUGGCCGUGUUGCCCCGGUAGAUUCUGGGUUAUGGUGGAUAAUCUUGUUACGUGCAUAUGGAAAAUGCUCGGGUGAUCUCUCAGUUCAGGAGAGAGUUGAUGUGCAGACAGGGAUUAAGAUGAUUCUAAGGUUAUGUCUAGCUGAUGGUUUUGAUAUGUUCCCUACAUUAUUGGUAACAGAUGGUUCUUGUAUGAUAGAUCGACGUAUGGGAAUUCAUGGUCACCCACUGGAAAUCCAGUCCCUUUUCUAUUCAGCAUUACUUUGUGCACGAGAGAUGCUUGCUCCAGAGGAUGGAUCAGUCGAUCUUAUUCGAGCACUCAACAACCGUCUGGUAGCUCUGUCAUUUCAUAUCAGAGAGUAUUAUUGGGUUGAUUUGAAAAAACUGAAUGAAAUCUACCGAUACAAGACUGAAGAGUACUCAUAUGAUGCAGUUAAUAAGUUCAACAUUUACCCAGAUCAAAUUUCUUCAUGGCUCGUGGAAUGGAUGCCCAAUAAAGGAGGCUAUCUAAUUGGAAAUUUGCAACCAGCUCAUAUGGAUUUCCGAUUUUUUUCUUUGGGAAACUUGUGGUCUGUAAUAAGCAGUAUUGCAACAACAGAUCAGUCACAUGCUAUUUUGGAUCUAAUUGAAUCCAAAUGGGGAGAUUUGGUGGCGGACAUGCCAUUUAAGAUUUGUUAUCCUGCUCUUGAAGGCCAGGAGUGGCAGAUUAUCACUGGAAGUGAUCCUAAGAACACGCCCUGGUCCUACCAUAAUGGAGGUUCCUGGCCAACUCUGCUAUGGCAGCAAAAGCUGUUGAGGUUGCUGAAAAAACGGAUAUCGCGAGAUAAGUGGCCAGAAUACUAUGACACCAAAAGGGGUAGGUUCAUUGGAAAACAGGCACGCCUGUUCCAGACCUGGUCAAUUGCAGGAUACCUUGUGGCAAAGCUCCUGCUUGCUGAUCCUAGUAAAGCCAAGAUUUUGACAACUGAAGAGGAUUCUGAACUGGCCAACGCCUUCUCCUGCAUGAUUAGUGCUAACCCAAGAAGAAAGCGUGGUCGAAAGGAUUUGAAGCAGACCUACAUUGUAUGA